CUGAAACGCUCAUGGAGAUCACGGAAGACUUGAUCAAGCGCCGGAGCAACCACUUUGACGUUGCGUGUGUGCAGCGCCUCAACCUCGCGAAAGCCGGCUUGAACAAGAUAGGUAACCUCGCAGGCUGCUCGGCGCUAAUCGAACUCAACCUGUCGCACAAUCAGUUAUCGAGUCUGCGGGGGCUUCCUUCGCUCUCUACUCUCCGCAGCCUCGACCUCUCCCAGAACGCACUCGCAUCGAUCGACCCUUUUCCGCUACUGCCCGCACUCGAGGAGCUACGUCUUGACGGAAACCCGCUCACCAAUGGUGUGGACUGGGUGUCCCUCCAGAGCAAAGUGCCACAACUGCGCCGUCUCUUUGUGCGAUCGCGUGCAGCUGCCAAAAGCAGCGUGAGCGACAACGACGAAAGCUACCAUGCGACCCUCCAGCACGCUUUCCCAAAGCUCGAAUUCCUCGAUGGGGAAGCCCUCGCCCUCCGCCAUGUUGGCCGAGCGAACGUGUCGGCCGUGGACGCCCCCGAAGUCAACAACCUCGAUAAGGAGCUCGCAGCGGCGAGCUGGGGACCACUGGACUGGACGCUCGAGCCGCAAGACGCGGGGUUUAUCGACAAGUGCAAGAGACCCCUCCGCGCGCUUCUCCAAGAAUGCGAGUGCGAUCUCCACGGCGACUCCAAAGAGCUGCUGCAAAAGAUGCAAGACCUCUUGAACGAAUAACUGUUGCCUAUAGUGUACACUGUCUUGUUGUCAUCGAC